AUGGAUAUGGCUCGCCACGAGGCAGCAGUACCGAGAAAGCAGAAGCAGCAGCGGCAAGAUUCGGUACGCGCCAUAGCACCAGACCUCGUCCGAGGACUCCUCAUGAUCCUCAUGGCAAUCGACCACGUCACCGUCAUGCUGCGCGUGUACCCGCACAGCACAACGGACGGGAGCGAGGAGGCCGACAGCACCGUGGUGCACGGCUGGAACCGCGCCCUAGCGUACACGCUGCGCACGCUCUCGCACCUGUGCGGAGCGGGGUUUCCCUUCCUCAUGGGCAUGGGGGUCGUCUUCUCGUGUGAGUCGCGCCUGGGACGUCUGGGGUGGAGCGCGGCGCGUCUGUCUCGCUACCUGGCCGUGCGGGCGGCCCUCCUGGCAAUCGUGGUCCCCGUUCUCAUGGCUGUCGUGCUCGCACCCGGACGGAUGUGGUUCUUCAACAUGGUUCUCUCGGCGCUGGGGUUUGGAUACCUCCUUGCCGGGCUGCUCUGCAUCGGCAUGCGGAUCACGGAGGACAAGCUCGCCAGUGUGCUGCUCAGAACGUGGCCUGCCGCCGACGAGAACGGGGACGAAGGUGCCGCCGAGCCGCUGCUCGGUCGGCGUGAGGGACAGCACAGUGCGUGGGCGCAGAGUGUCUCGUGGCAUGCGCAUAAUGCGACGCUCGUGAUGGCCGGCGCCGUGACCAUCUGGUGGAACGUGUGGUUCUCCCCGACCAGCGGGCACUGCGACGGCGACACGGCAGCCGCAGGUUCUCGGGGCAGCCCGUGGUUCCUCCGCAUGUGGAUCUGGGUCGUCGAGGAAAGGUAUGCGCUAUCGACGUUCCCGCCGCUGGCGUGGCUCUCGUUCGCCAUCCUGGGCCUGCUGUACGGACGCGUCCUUGCGGCGGGACGGUGCUGGAGCCGACGGUGCCUGGUGGCAGGUUACGCGGCCGCGUCCGUCGUCUUUGCGGCCAUCUUCGUUCUCACCCGGGUCCUCCGCACCGGUAACCUGUCCGAGGGCUGCCUCCAGACGCCUGAGCACGUCGUCCACCCGGGGCGCAACCCGUACCUCACGUCGGUCGAGUCCUUCUUCUACGUAGUCAAGUACCCCCCCGACGUGGCGUACUGGUCCCUCACCAUGUGUGGAAACCUGCUCCUGCUCGCCGCCUUCGAGGCCGUGCCCCGUCGCGCGGCGACGUCGCGGUAUUUCACGGUGCUGCUGGACCUGGGUCGCUCGGCGUUUGCGUUUUACGUCGUGCACCUGUUCGUCCUGAUGGCGGGGGCGGCGGUGCUGCUCAACUUCUUCGGUCGCGAUACGGGCUUGCCGGAUCCGCUGGAGCCCGGAAAGACGGCUAGGGGUAUCACCAGUAUCCCGGCAUUCCUUGCCGUCAUUGCCGCGACGGUCCUCAUCAUGUGGCCCUUUUGCCGGUGGUGGGCGAGGUUCAAGGCGCAGAGGGGGGCCGAUUCGAUAUGGAGGUUAUUCUAG